ACCAUGUCAUCUCUGGGAACUUCCAAAGGGAUUCUAGAAAUUGCCAAGUUUGGUGUGUAUGUGACUGUACCAAUCAUUCUCAUGUACACUUUUGCCAACAAUUCCAGCAACCUCCGCAAGUUCAUGGGAAAUAGGUCAUACAUUGAAUAUCCACCAGAGGCAGAAAGGCCACCAUCACCUGAUGAACUUAGGCAAAUGGCACGGGAGAUUGCCCGUAGGAGGAACAAUACUUGAUGUUCCAUGUAGUUCGUGCGGGGACUGCCUAAAACUUCUGUUUUAUCUUCAAAUCUGAAGAAAAAUAAAUGAUAUUGGAGAUUCUGUUGUAUCUGUUAUUAAUAUUUUUCAUAUUUUCUAGUUGAGUGGUGUGUUAUUUUUAUUGGAAAAUGACUUUGGGAUUCAUUGGCUGAUCUUGUGCAUCUUGGAUUUGUCAUGCUUCGAAGAUCUAACAAUGAAACCAAUUUAC